AUGGCUGGAGAUAGUGAUCUUGCGAUCACAAAUCCCAAACCAAGAGAAGGAGGGAAUACCGCAUCCAUACAGUGUCCGAUGCUUACGGCAACGAACUAUACGGUGUGGGCUAUACGGAUGGAGGUAGCGCUUGGAGUCCAUAAAGUCUGGGACGUGAUCGAAGAAGAGGUAGAAACGUCCAGCAACGAGAAAAACAAGAUGGCUCUAGCGUUGAUCUUCCAGUCCAUACCAGAAGCGUUGGUUUUACAAGUCGGUGGAUUGAAGACAGCUAAGAAGGUGUGGGAAGCUAUUAAAUCAAGAAACAUGGGUGCAGAGAGAGUCAAAGAGGCUAGGCUACAGACUUUGAUGUCAGAGUUCGAGCGUCUUAGGAUGAAAGAAUCCGAAACUAUCGAUGAAUUUGGAGGAAAGCUAGCUGAAAUCGCAUCGAAAGCGGCUGCCCUAGGAGAAACAAUCGAGGAACCUAAGUUGGUGAAGAAAUUCUUAAAGAGUCUUCCCCGACAAAAGUUUAUACAUAUAGUUGCAUCGAUCGAGCAGAUGUUAGAUCUCAACAAAACCACCUUUGAUGACAUCAUGGGACGUUUGAAGGCUUUCGAGGAACGAGUUCGUGAUGAAGAUGAGAAUCAAGAAGAUCAAAGCAAGCUGAUGUAUGCCAAUACAGAAAGAAAGACGAAUCAAUCAACACAUGACAACACCUCGAAUACCAGGGGAAGAGGUCGUGGAGGACGCUCCUUUAGAGGAAGAGGACGAGGUCGAUCUUCUUAUGAAGAAAGAGAUACAUCGAAUGUUGAAUAUUUCCGGUGUGACAAGUUGGGACACUAUGCACAAGACUGUCCAGAUAGAUUGGCAAGACUGAAGCUACAAGAGGCUCAAGAGGAAGAGAAUGGUGAAACCAAGAAAGCCGAUGAUCUCAUGAUGCAUGAAGUGGUGUACUUAAACGAGAAGAACUGCAUCCCGAGUAACUUUGAAACCAAUACAGGCGAAGAGAACAUCUGGUACCUUGACAAUGGUGCCAGUAAUCACAUGACUGGUGAUCAAAGAUACUUCUCUGAGAUUGAUAACUCAGUGACCGGGAAGGUGAGAUUUGGUGAUGAUUCUCGCAUAGACAUUAAGGGAAAAGGAUCGAUAUCGUUUGUGGACAUGAACGGAGAAUCAAGGAAGAUGUCAGAUGUCUACUUUAUCCCAGAUCUGAAGAGUAACAUCAUAAGUCUUGGACAAGCCACAUAA